UAGCAAAGCGUUGCGAUGGAUGUUCAUGGGAUAUCCACAAGACUGGGCUGUAGUUGGUGAGAGCUGGUGGCAAGCACAAAACCUUCAUCGAAGUGAUAGGAGACAUGACUCAUUUUUCGUGCAUUACAAACACACAACUUAAUAACGAAUUGGAGAAAACUGACAUCAUCUUUGAGAAACUUGCUGAUGAUAAAUCAGGACGAACGGAAGGUUCAAGUGAAGCCAUUGAGGAGAAAAAGGAGAUACAGGGUAAGCAGCCCCACCUCGAAUCAGCAGCGUCACUUUCGAUUGUAGCUCAAAAUUUCAACAUUUACAUCACCAGCGACUCUACGGCCGUUGCAGCAACACACCACAAGCCGCAGUCUCGAUUCUGCGCGCUCUACCGAAAUGAACACGAUGUUCUCUUCUAUCACGCGCCUCGCGCGCCCAGUUCUGGCCAAGCCCCUCACUCAAUCGCCCAGGACAUUCACGACCCUCGUCCCUCUCCGACCCUCGCUCACUCCCAUGAACGGCGCUAUCCGAAGAACAGCUCUUCCCUCAAGCUUCACCCCCUCGACAGCCGCAUCAGCCGAUAUCGUUCCUUCGAGCGCCAUCUCAGCACACCCUGCCCUCGGCGAUAUGCAGAUUCGCUGCGGACCCCGAAAUACAAUGAACGGACAUACGAGGCUGGUUCAGAAGCGCAGACAUGGAUUCCUAUGUCGCAAGCGAAGUAAGACGGGGAGGAAGAUUCUCCUCAGAAGGAAGAUUAAGGGCCGAAGGCACAUCGCCCAGUAAGCCUGUGAUUAUGGCAUGAGGAGGUUGGAGGGCAUGUGUCAAUGAAGCAUGAGCGAAUUGUGUACGAUACCAGAGAAGAGAGCGGAGACUUGGGUACGGAUGCCUUAGUCUCUCUCGUGAUACAAAUCUGUACAAAGACCUACCAAAAGAAACAAAGAUCUUGCAUUCUCACAUCUCGGUGGAGUACCGAACUUGCAUAUUGCAGCUAAGGUUUAAACCAGGGGAUAAUAUCACGCACUUUUACGAAGGACCAGUUCCAGAACAUUUCGGACUUUUCAGAAAAAAACAAAAGCUCACAGCCUGAUGACGCCGGUCGACGUCGGUGUUGCAGCAAGGCCAGCAAGGCAGAAAGCUCCGAACUAUUGCACCUGACUUCGGAGAAAGUCUCAAAUUAGAAAGAUGAGAUUCAGUUCCGAUAGACAGAUGCAGUCCUGAUUCGGAUUCACCGGAGCUACCGUUAGUCAACACCAUCACGAUGUGCGGAAAGUUCGAAACCCCGCAUUCUCGAGUGAGAAUCACAGGCUUCUUUUCAGGCACAAAGUGCAUUGGCUUGGUCUUAUUCCUCGGCUUGGAUUUUCUAGUGUGGUGGCCUGCAUGCUCUUGGUGUGCCGAUCAUCAGGUACGCAGUAAGCGGAGAAGCAGGCUGUGAAUUGGAGAUGUCUAUCACCAGGUGCUUUUAACAAUUGUCUAUAUGGAAUUGUGUAUAGGCAGUUUGACUAGAAAAAACCAAUUGUCAAUGCUGAUAAAGAAACAAAUAGUUUUGACUAUCUGAUCACAAGUCUAUAGAUGCAAUUGCUAUUAUCAUGGAUG